CGUGAUUUCUUUUCUUCCUUUAUCGAGGUAACAGUCGGUUCAUUAAAUGGGAGUUCAAAUAUUGCAAAAGCAUUCAAGCUUCGUUUUAAAACAAAAUCUGGCAAAUUUACUUGAUGAAUUUGGGAAAAUUACAUAGCCUAUAAAGGCAACGCGCUACUGAAAGUGUCAGAAAGGAAUCUGAUCUAGGCUGCAUGAAGCGUUUAAAGUGCUUAAAUGAAGAGGACGACGCUUUGCCUAGAAAGCGCGUGUAUUUCAACAAGUUGACACGGGCUUGUAGUUACACCGAGAGGUUGUCAUGGUAAAAAAGGUUGUCAUGGUAAAAAGAGCGAAAGGCAGCUAAUGGGUCGCUCGGGCUUAGAGGUUAAAAGGCGGCUGCGUUGACGAGCGCUCAUACUGUUUGUCUGCGCUGCUCUCAUCAUGCCCGCGGGCUGUGGAGGCUCGCUCCUCUACACACCUGACACGAUAAGUGAGCCUGAGGAAGACCAAAUGGAUAAAACGCAAGACCUGUUUGAAGAAGUAUCGUGCUCGUCGUCGUCGACGUUGUCGCCCAGCUCUUCACCUCAUGCCAUGACAGAGAAAGCCAUCUGUACCAGUUGUGGCACUGAGAUAGUUGACAAAUAUCUGCUAAAGGUGAACGACAUGUGCUGGCACGUGAGAUGCCUGUCUUGCAGCGUGUGCCAAACAUCUCUGGGCAGACACAUCAGUUGUUAUAUAAAAGAGAAGGAGAUAUUCUGUAAACUGGAUUACUUCAGGAAAUACGGAACGCGUUGUGCUCAUUGCGGCAGAAACAUCCACUCAAAUGACUGGGUCCGUAGAGCAAAAGGCAACACCUACCACCUGGCGUGUUUUGCGUGCUUUUCCUGCAAAAGGCAACUGUCCACGGGAGAGGAGUUUGCACUGGUGGAUGAAAGAGUCCUGUGUCGCGUGCACUACGACUGCAUGUUGGACAACCUGAAGCGGGCCAUGGAAACCGGUAAAGGGGUUAAUGUUGAAGGAGCAGUUCCAUCGGAACAGGAAGUAAAUCAGCCUAAACCAGCCAAGAGGGCACGCACAAGUUUCACAGCUGACCAGCUACAGGUAAUGCAGGCCCAGUUUGCUCAGGACAACAAUCCAGAUGCCCAGACUUUACAAAAGUUGGCAGAAAGAACCGGUCUUAGCCGCAGGGUUAUUCAGGUUUGGUUCCAGAACUGUCGAGCUCGUCAUAAGAAGCACGUCAGCCCAAAUCACUCUUCCAUGGCACCAGUGUCAUCUCUGGAGCCUGCCAGACUCUCUCCUUCUCUGAUAGAUGAACUUCAAUACACUGCUUUUGCUCCUGUGGACACUCCUAUGCUGACUGCCCUACACUCCUAUUUGGAUGUCCACUCUCCCAGUUCGCUGAUGCUGCAGCCUCUCUUGCCCCAUUCGAUGACACAGCUGCCCAUCAGCCACGCCUGAGCCAUCAGCCAUCACUGCAUCGUCGGUCAGGUCAGAUGAUGGGAUGGGAAAUAUUUGUUCUUCUAUUGACUGCGUUUUGAACAAGACCCAUGUUACUCCAUCUUUCAUGGGUACUUACUGAAGGAUAUCUAUCUUGCGAUGAUUUAAAAAGAAAAUGUUUUGAAAUUGUGAAAAGAGCUUGAAGUUUUUGUUUAAUAUAUAUAUAUAUAUUAUAUAUAUCUAUAUAGUGAUGGAAUAAUGGCAUUUAAUUUAUUUCUUGUAUGUGACUGAGCACUUUGUUUUAAAAUAAAUUUACCAUGGAAUUCUUGGUUUCUGGUUUAGUCGAUGCACAUUGUUUGGUUGUUUGGAUCUAGAGAAACUUGGAAGCUGAAGAAAAAUCCAAUAAAA